AUGGCCAACGAAGCCGCCAAGGCCCUUGAGGCUCUCCAGGUCUCCAAGACCAAGGAGCUCAAGGGAACCGAGAAGCGCGACUUUCUCAUUUCUCUCGAGAAGAAGUACCAGCAGAAAUGGGCCGAGGAGAAGAUCUUCGAGGUCGACGCCCCCUCCACGACCGAGGUCCCCCUGCACUCCAUCACCGCCGAGGAGUUGCGCCAGCAGCAGCCCAAAUGGAUGGGUUGCAUGGCCUUUCCCUACAUGAACGGCCGUCUUCACGCCGGCCACCUGUUCUCCGUGAGCAAGGUCGAGUUCGGUGCCGGUGUCGCCCGUAUGCAAGGAAAGCGUGCUCUGUUCCCCAUGGGAUGGCACGCGACCGGCAUGCCCAUUAAGGCUGUUGCCGACAAGCUGAAGAACGAAGUUGCCAUGUUCGGCCGCGACUUUGAGGGAUACAAGGAGGAGGUCCUCGUCGACGAGAAGCCUGUCGAGGCCAAGGAGGCCCGCGAAGAUAUCACAAAGUUCUCCACCAAGAAGAGCAAGGCGAAUGCCAAGACGAUCAAGGCCAAGUACCAGUUCCAAAUUAUGGAGGCCAUGGGCAUCCCCAGGCAGGAGAUUCAUCUCUUCGCCGAUGCUUCGUACUGGCUCGACUUCUUCCCGCCUCUGGCCCAGGAAGAUCUCACAAGCCUCGGGUUCAGAAUUGACUGGCGCCGAUCGUUCAUCACCACCGAGGCCAACCCUUACUUUGAUGCUUUUGUGCGGUGGCAGAUGAUCCGCCUCAAAGAGUUAAACAAGAUCAAGUUCGGCAAGAGAUACACCAUCUACUCUAUCAAGGAUGGACAACCUUGCAUGGACCACGACCGCGCUGAGGGUGAAGGCGUCGGUGCCCAGGAGUACACGGGACUUAAGAUGAAGGUCCUCGAAUGGGCGCCCAAGGCUGGUGAGGCUCUCAAGUCCAAGCUGCCCGCGGACGCCAACGUCUUCCUCAUCCCGGCCACCCUGCGCCCUGAGACCAUGUACGGCCAGAACGCCGUUUUCGUGUCCCCCAAGAUCACGUACGGUGUCUUCAAGGCUUCGGAGAAGGACUACUACAUCAUGACCCAGCGUGCCGCUCGCAACAUGGCCUACCAGGGUCUUUUCGUCCAGGACGGCGUCGUCGACCAGACCGCCGACAUUGACGGUUCUGCUCUUAUCGGCACCCGUGUCAAUGCUCCCUUCUCUAUCCACAAGGACGGUGUCCGCGUUCUGCCCAUGGAGUCGAUUCUGCCCACGAAAGGAACGGGUGUCGUCACCUCUGUCCCUUCGGACAGUCCUGCCGACUGGGUCAUGACCAUGGAUCUCCGCAAGAAGGCUGCCUACUACGGCAUCGAACAGGAGUGGGCGGAGCUCGAGGUUGUCUCCAUCAUCAACACCCCGUCCGGUGACAUGAUUGCCAAGACUCUGUGCGAGCAGCUGAAGAUUGCCUCGCCCAAGGACACCGUGCAGCUCGAAAAGGCCAAGGAGACGGCCUACAGCGAAGGCUUUUACAAGGGAACCAUGAACAUUGGCGAGUUCAAGGGCGAGCCGGUCGAGACAGCCAAGCCCAAGGUCCGCCAGGCUCUGAUCGACCAAGGUCUUGCCUUUGUCUACUCGGAGCCCGAGCGCAAGGUUGUCAGUCGAUCCGGCGACGACUGCAUCGUCGCGCUGAUGGACCAGUGGUACCUCGACUACGGAGAAGAGUCCUGGAAGAAGACGGCUCUCGACUGGGUCGAAAACGCGGACGGCAAGGGCCUCAACACCUUCAGCCACGAGACCAAGAACGCCUUCCAGGGUGUUCUCAACUGGCUCAACCAGUGGGCGUGCGCGAGAUCGUACGGUCUCGGAUCCAAGCUGCCUUGGGACCCUCAGUUCCUCGUCGAGUCGCUGAGCGACAGUACCAUUUACAUGGCGUACUACACCAUCGCCCCCUACCUCCACAAGGACAUCUUUGGUCGGGAGAAGGGCACCGGCGACAUCGGCCCCGAGCAGAUGAUUGACGAGGUGUGGGACUACGUCUUCUGCCGUCGUGAGCUCGACGACAAGAUCGUGUCCGAGUCCAAGAUCUCCAAGGAGACCCUGGAGAGCAUGCGUCGCUCGUUCGAAUACUUCUACCCCCUGGACCUUCGCAGCUCCGGCAAGGAUCUCAUCGGCAACCACUUGACCUUCUUCCUCUACAUCCAUCUCGCCAUCUUCAAACCCGAGUAUUGGCCUCGAGGCAUCCGCACCAACGGCCAUCUCAUGCUCAACGGCGAGAAGAUGAGCAAGUCGACCGGUAACUUCAUGACCCUGCAGGACGUCGCCCGCAAAUUCGGUGCCGAUGCCGCCCGUAUUGGUCUCGCCGACGCUGGCGACACGAACGGCGACAGCAACUUUGAGGAGGACGUCGCCAACCAAGCCAUCCUGCGUCUGCACACUCUUAGAGGUACGUUUUACACAACACACCGAAUGGGGAAGCAUGGACUAAUAGUAGCAGAAUGGUGUGAGGAUGCUGUCAAGAACAAGAGCGAGCUUCGCAUGGGCGAGUGGAACUUCUUUGACAAGGUCUUCAACAACGAAAUGAACGUCAUUGCCAAGGAGGCCAUCCAGCAAUACACCGACACGUCUUACAAGCUGGCUCUCAAGGCCGCUUUCUACGACUUCAACAACGCCCUCUCUUUCUACCGCGAGAGCAGCGCGACGGCCAAGAUGCACCACGACCUGGUGCUCCGGUACAUCGAGCUCCAGAGUCUCCUCAUCGCCGUCAUCGCGCCUCACUGGGCCGAGUCGGUGUGGGUGGAGAUCCUCGGCAAGCCGACGUCGAUCCAGCAGGCGACGUUCCCUGAGAUCCCCGAGACGGACGCGGCGCUCACAGCGGCGAGGAAGUACAUCUCGGUGACGGCGUCCAACGUCAACUCGGCCGAGUCCCUGCAGCUCAAGAAGAAGGCCAAGGGCAAGGAGACGUCAUUCGACCCCAAGAAGCCCAAGGCGCUCACCAUCUUCAUGAGCGAGAAGUUCCCGCAGUGGCAGCAGGCGUACAUCGACCUUCUCAAGGAGAUGUGGAACCCCGAGACCAACUCGGUGGACGACAAGGCGCUCAACGGCAAGAUCGCCAAGAUGGGGGAGAUGAAGAAGGCGAUGCCGUUCGUGCAGGGUCUCAAGAGGCGUCUCCAGUUGGGCGAGCCGGCGAGUGCGGUGCUGGAGCGCAAGCUGGCGUUUGACGAGAAGGCGGUACUCGUGGACAUGAUUGACGGCCUCAAGCGCAGCGCCAACCUCGUCGAGGUCAAGAUCAUUGCGGUGGAGGAGGGCAGCAAGAAGGGUACGGACCUCGUCAGCGGGGCCGUGGAGGAGAACUUGCCGCCCAACGCCGAGGGUGCGGUGCCGGGAGCGCCCAACUUCCUGUUUGCCAAUGUGGAGUCGUCAUGA